AUGAUAUUAGGGCGAGCGCUUUAUUCAUUAGCCCGCCGCCGCCGGCCCGCUGAUCCCUCCUCUGGCCGUGAUGUGUUCAGGGAGUGGUACUACUGGAGUGAUGGUAAUUUAUCAUAUUCAAGAGGAUUAGCAGAGAAUAUUAAUGGUGUAGUUAUAUAUGCUACUACCUAUGAAGGGGAACAAGAACUAAAUAAUAAGUAUACUAAUGAUGUUAUUAAUGAACAUAAAGUAAGGCUUAUUAAAUUAGGACAUAAAGUAUAUCAUAAUGUUGAUGCUACUGAUAUACAUAAUACAUUAAUAAUUAAUAAUCAUAUAGAAGAGGAUAUACUAUUUAAUAGGAUAAUAUUCAUGCAUCCCUUAGUGUGUGAUAAUGAUAAGGUUAAAGCUUUAUCAUUAUCAUCAACAACCACUAACAGCAGCAGUGGUAGUCGAUUGAACGUUAUUAAUAUGUUAAUGUUAACUAAAUUCCUCAUAUCAUCAUCACAAUAUUUAUCUAUUAAUAAUGGUCAGAUAUGGAUAACUAUUAAAAAUGUAUAUCCUUAUAAAUGGUGGAAUAUACCAUUAUUACCAACAUAUAUUAAUAAUACUAGUCAUCAUCAUAUACUAUACUAUAUUGGUACAUUACGUAAUACUCACUAUCAGAGUGUAUUAGAUGAUACUAUAAAAAGGGUAACACUAUUAUCUGCUAAUAGUCAUCUUGAUGAUGAUGAUAUUGGUGACCAAGCUGAACAUAAUGAUGGUGAUUAUGACAGUAGUAGCUCUGUUAUUGAGUACUCUCAUUAUUACCAACCACGUAAUGUAGAUCGUAAUGCAGCAUUCCAUCUAACUUCACCUAUUACAUAUAUAUUCCAAUUGAUCCCACCACUACCACCAUCAUCAUCAUCAACAUCAACAACAACACAAUGCCAUGAGGAUACCUCGUCGUCUUCUUCUUGCUGCUGCUGCCGUUGUCGGAUAUGUGAUAUAACAUGUACCAGUAUACAUGAUCUUAGUAAACAUAAAGAUAGUCGUAAACAUAAACAGAGAUAUCAAUUACAUCUAUCAUUCAUUAAUGCAUUACGAAAAGAAGAUAUAGGAAGAGAAGUAGGAGUAGGAGGAGGUACUCAUGAUGAUGAUCCUACUACUAUAUUAAUAUUAUAUUAA